CGGCGGGGGUGGCGCGGCCAUGUUUGCUAUGGGCGCCGUGCCCGGGGGUGGUGCGAGCGGCGGGGGUGGUGGGAAGGGCCGGGCAGCGGGAUGGCGGGAGCGGCGGGAUGGUUGUGCCGCCUCACGGUAUCGACCUGCUCGUCUGCAUCCCCCGGGAGCUGCUCCCUGCGCCCUGGGGGGCUCAGUGUCAGUUCUUUCUGUGGUGCGUGGAUUAGGCCGCUUUGUGGUAAAAGAGCAAGCCAAAAAGGAAACGCGGCGCAGAGCAGGGCUUGCUGCUGGAAGUGAUGGGAAUGGCAGCUGUGCAAAGCUUCGUUUCAGGAGUGGGUCUUCCCCCAGAAAGACUGUAGAUACUAGUUUAUUUGUCAAUAAUGAUGAGGCUGGCAGCAUUUAAACCACUGUUUUAAUGGUGGCUUCUCAGAGGAGACUGGUGUUGAAGUUUAGUGCUGUAUGGCAUCCUGUGACUGAGUCUCAAAAAGUACCAGUGUUUACUCUGAAAAGUGGAAGAAAAGGCAAAGAGAAGUUUAAAAAUUGCACAGAGCCAUGUCUGAGCAUUCCAGGUCAAGCACUGGAGCGGGCUGCCUAGGGGAGUGGUGGAGUCAUCAUCCCUGGAGGUGUUGAGGCAAAAAUAAUCACUGAAACACCACUAAAUUUGAGGGUGUUUUUUUGUUUUGUUUUGGUUUUUGGUUUGUUUGUUUUUUUUUGGGGGGGGGUGUUUGUUUGUUUGGGUUUUUGUGUUUUUUUGGGCUUUUUGUUGGUUUUUUACUUGUUUUUGAUUUGGGUUUUUGUUUUUUUGGGGUUUUGGGUUGUUUUUUUUUUUUUGUUUUGGUUUUGGGGUUUUUGUUUUGCUUGUUGUUUGUUUGCUUGCUUUCCCAGUAGGGUAAUAGCAUUAGUUAAUGCAGACAGAGCCAUGGCUGUCUAGUCUCUAUUCUCUAUGAUUUUUCUUGUUCUAUAACUUUAGGAUCAAGGACCAGUACAGCAUUCAGAAUUCAAGAAGAAACUUGCAUUUACCUUUUGGAUAGAGUUGCUUGUUGACCUAAUUUUUCAUUAGAACUUCCUGCAGUGACUGCUAAGUUUUUUCAUUGAGCACUAAUAACUUACUGGGAGUACACCCCUCCAUGUGCAUAGUUGCUUUUCUGCUUUUCCAAGUUCAGUGAUUCACAAUUAGCAGUAUUAAGUUUCACCUCCCUCUUCACAGUGCUGUCAUUCAGCAUGCCACAGUCCUCCUACGGUCCCUCUAGAAGGAGAGCAUCUCGGAUGAGGGAGUGGCAAAGGGCCAGCUAUUAUAAGGCAUGUGAGCGAAGACUCACAAGCAGCACCAGAACGCUGGGAAUACAUCUCCCAUUCAAUUCCAUUGAGACUUAGCCAGCAGAGAACAUCACAUUCUUCAGCUGGGUUCAAACAAGCAUCUCUGGACCAAAAGAAAAAAAUAUGAAGCAGUGCCAAUAACCACUGAAUUUUUAUUUAUAUUAUUUACUUUUCUCUUUUUUUAAGGAUUCAGUAGAAAGGUUGAAAUCUUGAAAUAGAACAUUUAACCUGGAAGAUAGAACUGGUUAAGGACCUUCCUGCAAAGUAGGGCUUGACUGACAGGUCCCACUGUGGUGACCAUGCGUCCCUCAGCCAAGAGGAGCCCAUAGGAAUAAGCUCCUAUCAGCACUGCCUGUCUGGGCCUGAGGAGUCCCCGUGGCAGGAUGGCAGCUGAGAAUAAGAUGAAGCUACAGGAAUUUUCCUGGCAGGCUGCUGACAGCCUGUCUCUCUUUGUGGGUACAGCUCAGCCCUGGCCUGUCUUCCUUUCUCUGGUUUUGUGUUGGAGGCAGCAUCUGUGUCUCUCACAAACACGCUCAGGAGCAGAAGUCUGCUCUGUCACAGUUCAUUUUCCAGACGAAAACCAAAAUACUGAGGCUGAUUCUUGUUUGUCUGGGCUUUGUCAUUUCUGCUAGCAGUCUUGAUUUCCCGAAUUGUGAAAGGCGAGGGGGAACCCCCUUGUUAAACAUUAGAAAUGCCUUGCCCUGGAAGUCUUCCAUUUUUAUUGUUUUGCCACAUUUUGUGCAAAUCACCCAUUUCAGUUAACCACUUCUAACUUUUUGUCAGUCAAGUUGCUUUUUUAAAAAAUAGACUUUUAAUACCCUGAAAAGUAAAAGGCGGGUUAAAAUCAUUUUGUCAUGAUCAGUCACUGUUUGGUGAGUACAGUGUUCUGUAUUUGAUGAAGCAAACUGUCUCAAACUGGGACAGAAGCUGAUCUGGAUUGGUAAAAAUCCUAUAAAUGAGAUUAGCUACAUGAACGUGACACCUGGUAAGAAGUGGCUACAAGAUAAUAACAGAUCAGACAUUUCACAGCAACACUGCAGGGUUUGGACUUAGGAAUUACUUCCAGCAAAGGUCACACUGUGUCAACAGGCAAGAUGUCAUUCAGUUGUCUUACAGAAUAUAGUAAAGUAUAUGCUUGUGAUUAUAAUUCUAUUAAUAUUUUAUUUCGAGCACUAUUCUAUUUUUACAGUUUUGAGAAACUUCCUGUGGUGUGACCCUUUAUUUUAUGAGCAGAUGAUAUCUAAACUUUGAAAUUACAUUCAAAUGAGUCAUUUUAUCAGGGUGAAAGAACACACUUGGCACACACAGGAUGCAUGCAGGAAAAAAAAAUGCAGUUCCUAAAAUGUCAUGUGAGAGUUUUUUCAGUCACUCCAGAGACGAUUGAUGGUACUUGCUCCAACACACUGAAAUAACUGCUUCGCUCAGCUGCAGAAUGCCUCAAGUUCUGGGCAAUAGCAGUUCAGAGGAACAGGCUGCUGUGAAUUAUGCAUCAGAAUCAAUUGUUUGCAUUGCUAUCUUCACCAUCAUUUUCAUCAUAGGCAUUCCAGGCAAUGGGUUGGUGAUCUGGGUAGCUGCUCUGAAAAUGAAAAGGUCUGUGAACACUGUCUGGUUCCUAAACCUUGCCGUGGCUGACAUCAUGUGCUGUUUGUCCUUGCCAUUUUUCAUUGUUCACCUGGCCCUUCAUGAACACUGGCCCUAUGGCUGGUUCCUCUGCAAAGUCAUUCCAUCAGUCAUAAUCUUCACCAUGUUUGCUAGUGUCUUCCUACUCGUGGCCAUCAGCAUUGAUCGGUGCCUCCUGGUGAUGAAACCUGUCUGGUGUCAGAACCACCGAGCAGUGAAAUUUAUAUCGCUAAUAUGCAGUGGCAUUUGGAUGCUGGCCUUCAUUUUCUGCUGCCCUGUCUUCUACUACCGUGAGACAAGCACUUACGAUGGCAAAACAGAGUGUGGGUACAAUUAUGGAGUUGAUGAUUACAUAGAUUAUCCUAUAAAUGUAUCUGUAAAUGUGUCUGUAAAUGAUUUAUGGGAAGAAUACUCAACCUACAAUGACAGUGACUUGUGGGGAGAUACCAAUGAAGGUAAUGAUUCUGUACCCCUUGCCUCAGUGGUAAUAAACAUCACUAGGGCUGUCUUUGGCUUUGUGCUCCCCUUUGGCAUAAUGGCAGUUUGCUACACCCUCAUUGUUUUCAGAACACACGCAAAUCAGUUUCACAAGUCACACAACAGGACACUGCGAACAAUUGUGUGUGUGGUGGCUGCAUUCUUCAUCUGCUGGGCUCCAUACCAUGUAGUUGGGAUGCUCUCCAUUGUACCUAGUCUUAGAACAGGACUGAUGGAGUCACUGACCCUGUGGGAUCACCUCUCUACAGCACUUGCGUAUACCAACAGCUGCAUCAACCCCCUGCUCUAUGUUUUUGUGGGACGGGACUUCAGGGCAAAGGUACGGCAAUCGGUGCAAAGAAUUUUAGAAGGUGCCUUUAGUGAGGAGCUCACAUCUUCAACCCUUCACAGAAGCCAGACUUCAGCAGACAAGAACCUGAGCAGCACGUUGUAAUGCAGGACUUCCUAUCACUGCUGUAGAAAGAACAAGCUAUAGCGCUGGAUAUCAAUCACUCUCCGCUUAGCAGGUGGUUUUGCUCCAAUGUUUGAUUGAUCUGCAGCUCCAACACAGGACGCUGCAAUCUUUCAGCUCAUGACAGAUAACCCCCUUUAUAUCCUACACUAGAGAGAUGGGAAGUUGGAAGCACCAGGAGUAAUAAUCUGAGGAAUGACUGGUGAAGCAGAAGACACAGUAUUUUAACCUACACAGACUAUUUUAAGAAAGCAGGGCUGGCUACAGAUUUGUGGUGGGAAUCGUGAAUUUGAACCUCUCAGUUGAUAUAAGAAUAUUAUUUUUUUUGCAUAUGUCUGUGUUCUACAUCUCCUAUCUCUGAUAAAGUGCGAUAAAACUAACUUGGAUAACUCA